GACAGAGAGAGAGGAGAGCCCGAAGUUCCAUUAUUUUGCUGCUAUUUUUUUCUCUUUCUCUCUCAACAAUAAAGCUCAAAUAUUUCCCGGUAAACUCAAAUAUGGAGAAAUCCAAUUUCAAAUCGAAUUCCAAUUCCAAUUCAAGUUCCAACUCCAAUCACAGCUACCACCACCGGAAUUUUCACAGGCAGAAUAGUCACAUAUCAAUGUCGGACACCGACUCACAGGUGAGUCAAAUGGACUCGUUCCACUCACCUCUCCGAUCCGACUCACCUCUCCGUUCCGAUGAACCCUUUCCCGAUCACCGCUCCACCAAGUCACUCUCCUCAAAAGCCUUAGUUUCAGUCGACAAAUACUACUCUCCACUUCGAUCUCCCCGUAAACCUUCCUGGGAGAAUUUAAGCUUACCUCCGACACCUACUCCGCCGUCGGAAGCCGGCAACAAGGAUCGGGAUUCGGCGCGGACGAUGAAUUUUAGUAGGGCGGUUAGGGAGGAUAUGACUACCGGGGUGACGAAGGUGGGACCCGUUCGUGGUGGUGACGUGGAAGGUGGAGAGGUGGCCGGAGGGGAGAGGCCGCCUCCGAGGACACCAGGGCGUUCGAAGAGGGAACUGAUGCUGAACAGGGCGGCGUUAGGGUUUAGGGUUUGUGAGUUAAUUUUGUGCUGUAUUUCUUUCUCGAUCAUGGUAUCUGAUAAAACUGAAGGUUGGAGCGGUGACUCUUAUGAUCGGUACAAGGAGUACAGGUAUUGCGUCGCUGUUAAUAUUAUUGGAUUUGUAUACUCUGCAUUUCAAGCAUGUGAUCUAGCAUACAAUUUGGCAAGCUGGAAACACUUUUUCUCUCACCACGUGCGAUAUCAUUUUGAUUUCUUGAUGGAUCAGAUAUUGGCUUAUCUUCUUAUGUCAGCAUCUUCUUGUGCUGCAACGAGGGCAGAUGACUGGAUAUCAAAUUGGGGAAAAGAUGAAUUUACAGAGAUGGCAACAGCAUCUAUUGGGUUAUCCUUCCUGGCUUUUAUAGCCUUUGCAUUUAGCUCCCUCAUAUCUGGUUACAACCUCUGCAACCGUAAUUCCUCGUGACCCGAGAAUGAGUUCAUAUUAGUCGUUGAGUAUAUUUGAGUAUCGCUACAUAAAAUUUUAUUUCUAGCUGGAAAAGCUGUACAGAUUUAGCGAAUAGAAUCAACUGUAUAACUGUUCUUUUCCUACUACAGAUAAAUAAGAUGUGCAGAUGUAGUUAGCUAAGUACUGUGUUGGAGUAUGUAUAAAAUGUGAGGGAACCCAAGAGAUGAACCAGAAACCAAUAGCGAAGAGGUCGUAUUCUCAACGUCGUCCUUUUGUUUUUUGGUUACUAAAGCUAGAAUCACAGUUAAUGUUAAUAUUUUUUUGGCAGAGAAUGAGAAGCCCCUCAGUAUCCUUGUAGUA